CGAUGCUGGGGUCACUCAAACCAGAACUGAGCCUCUACUUUAGUCAAUCCUCUUUGCAUCCGAGGUUAUGUAUACACAUGCUCUCUGAUAUUAUUCAUUUAACUGUGAAAAGUGGUUAUAAAUAAAACAAAAAAAAAAAUGGGUAAAAAGGCGAAAAUUGGAAAACAGAGAAAGGAUAAAUUUUAUCAGUUGGCUAAAGAAACAGGUUAUAGAUCUCGUGCAGCGUUCAAAUUAAUCCAACUGAACCGCAAAUUCGAGUUUCUCCAGAAAUCUCGAGUUUGCUUAGACCUGUGUGCUGCACCUGGUGGAUGGAUGCAAGUUGCAAGGCAAAAUAUGCCAGUAUCUUCAAUCGUAAUUGGCGUUGAUUUAUUUCCAAUAAGGCAAAUUCCCGGGUGCAUAAGUUUAACAGAGGACAUAACAACAGACAAAUGCAGGAUUGCUAUAUCGAGGGAAUUAAAAACGUGGAAAGCCGACAUUGUCCUGAACGAUGGUGCCCCAAAUGUGGGUAAAAAUUGGCUGCAUGAUGCAUAUCAGCAGGCAGUACUAACACUGGCAGCUGUUAAAAUGGCAUCACAAUUUCUCAGACCUGGUGGCUGGUUUGUAACCAAAGUAUUCAGAUCCAAGGAUUAUCAUCCACUCAUUUGGGUACUUAAGCAACUCUUCAAGAAAGUGCACGCUACAAAACCUCAGGCAUCGCGUAAUGAAUCAGCUGAGAUAUUUGUGGUAUGUCAGUAUUACAUCGCACCAGACAAAUUAGAUCCCAAGUUCUUUGAUUCAAAGUACGUGUUCUCAGAGCUGGAUAUCGAUCCUAAACAUAAGCUCAAUUUUUUCCAUCCAGAGGCCAGGAAGAAGUCAAAAGCUGAGGGCUAUCCUGAUAAUGAUUACACUCUUCAUCAUUCAAUAGCAGCAGCUGAUUUUAUUGCCGUAAAUGAUGGGCUCGAGGCCAUUCAGACUGCCUCAGAGAUUGUAAUUGAUGAUGACAGAAUUGGUAAGCAUCCGAAGACAACAGCCGAGAUUAGAGAGUGCUGUAAAGAUAUCAAAGUCUUAGGGAGGAAGGACUUGAGGCUCGUUUUGGCGUGGUGGAAGGCUCUGCAUCAGGAAUUGUAUGAUAAAUGUGAUGAUAAAGUGAAUUUGAAUGAUAAUGCUGAGGAGAAAUUUCAGGAUAAGCCGUAUGUUGAUGAGGACGAGAGAGAGGAGAUAGAGAUUGAUGAGGAAAUUAAGAAAUUGAGGGAAGAGGCUGCACGUGAAUUGAAGAGGAAAAAAAAGAGAGUAAAUAAGGAGAGGACCAAGUUAAAUGAACGACUGAAUUUGAAGAUGGUGCACAAGGGGGAUGAGGGGCCAAAGCUUGAGAUUGACGAUAUGUUUACGCUCAAAAAAAUUCAGACGAUCGAGCAAUUGGAUUCUGUCACUAACUCAGCUCCAGAAGUGCUCGCUGAUAGCGAUACUCACUCUGAUGAUGAGGUAACAUUACCAAAGAGAAUGAAGUAUAAAAAGGAAAAUGGAUGUCUCGACAGCUCAGGGACUUAUUACAAGAGUGAUGAGAGUGAAGUUGAGAAUUCUGGCGAUGAUACAGACAGCGAUUACUCUGGAAUGGGAUUGAGUUAUGAUGAAAAUGAGGGUAUAUCUGGGAGAAUGAUGAAGGGUAUGAAAUCUGACGAUGAAUUUAAUCCAUUGGUCACUGAUCUCGAUGACAGGGAUAAGAAGACAAAGAAAAUUCAUAAAGCUGAGCUGUGGUUUGAAAAGGAUGUCUUCAGAGAUUUGGAGAGGGAUGAGGAUGAGGAUUAUGAACUUGAUAAGAUGAUGGAGGAGUUUCAGAGGAAAGGGGUAAAGGUCAUUGGAGAGGAGAAGUUAAAAGGGCCGAAGAAAUGUAAAAAGGAUGGAGUAAGGAGCGAGAAAUCGAAGAAAUUGAAGGGAAAUGAUAAUGGCGAUUCGGAUUAUGAUGUUGAAGAGUUCAUAUCAUCAGAGAAAUCAAGAAAAAAAGUGAAAAAAGUCGGAGGUGAGGAUGGAUUUGAAGUUGUGUCUAGAGAUGCCACCAUGAAAUCAUCUAAAAGAAAAUUGAAUGAUGAGGAUUUAGCUCUGGGUUCGUUACUGGUGCAAAGUCAAAAAUCAAGAAGAGAUUUGGUGGAUGGGGCUUGGAACAGAUAUGUAUUCAAUGAUGAUCAUUUGCCUGAUUGGUUCGUUCAGGACGAAGAGAACCAUAUGAAGAAGGAGGCACCUGUGCCAAAAGAACUCGUUGAUGAGUACAAAAAAAGGGUGGAGAAUUUGAAUGCCAGACCAAUAAAAAAAGUUUUAGAGGCCAAGGGGAGAAAGAAGAGACGUGCAUUGAAGAAACUUGAAAAGGCAAAGAAGAAAGUUGAGGCACUGAUAGAUAAUAAUGAUAUCAGCGAGCAGGAGAAGGCGAAGCAAGUUAAAGCAUUGUAUAAAAAUGCUAUGAAAGAACCGAGGAAAGAAGUCACUUACGUUGUGGCAAAGAAAAAUGGUGCAACAAAGAGAGUUGCGAGGCCAGCAGGAGUCAAAGGUCGUUUUAAAGUUGUCGAUCCUAGAAUGAAGAAGGAUUUGAGGGCUGCUAAGUCCAAAGAGAAGACCAAGGGACGGGGUAAAAAAUCUUGGGGCAAAAUACCGCGUGGUAAACCCUUUGGACCUGCCAAGACAACCAAGGGAAAAAAAUAAUUAUCAAUUUUAGAAAGUAUGAAUUAUUUUGGGUCAAUAAAUUACAUGAUUGCAUUGUAAUAAAAAUCAAAUAUACAUAAGCACAUGGGAUAAACGAUAAUUAUUUAGUAGAUUCA